AUGGAGAAUGGGGACGAUGUGACAGAGUUUGUUCUACUGGGGCUCACAGAGAACCCAAAGAUGCAGAAAAUCGUGUUUGCUGUCUUUUUGAUCAUCUACACCAUCUCCAUGGUAGGAAAUGUGCUCAUUAUGGUCACCAUCACCACCAGCCCAUUGUCAGGGUCCCCCAUGUACUUCUUCUUGGCCCAUCUCUCCUUCAUUGAUGCCUGCUACUCCUCUGUUAGUACCCCUAAACUGAUUAUAGAUUCACUCCACAAAAAGAAGACCAUCCUGUUCAACGGAUGCAUGACUCAGAUCUUUGGAGAACACUUCUUUGGAGGUGCUGAGGUCAUCCUGCUGACGGUGAUGGCCUAUGACCACUAUGUGGCCAUCUGCAAGCCCUUGCACUACACAACCAUCAUGAACCGGAGAGUGUGCAGCCUGCUAAUGGGAGUGUCAUGGGUGGGAGGCCUUCUACAUGCAACCGUACAGAUCUUCUUCAUCUUGCCACUGCCCUUCUGUGGCUCUAAUGUCAUAGAUCACUUCAUGUGUGAUCUGAACCCCUUGCUCAACCUGGCCUGCACAGAUACCCACACGCUGGGACUAUUCAUUGCUGCCAACAGUGGCUUCAUCUGCCUGUUGAACUUCCUCCUGCUGUUGGUCUCUUACGUGGUCAUUCUGUGCUCCCUAAAAACCCAUAGCUUGGAGGGAAGGAGCAAAGCUCUCUCCACCUGUGCCUCUCACAUCACAGUGGUUGUCCUAUACUUUGUGCCCUGCAUAUUUGUGUACAUGAGGCCAGCAGCUACUUUACCCAUUGAUAAGGCAGUUGCUGUAUUCUACACCAUG